CCAGUCCGGGAGCUUCACUCUGACGGAGGAAAGUGAGCAGGGAGGGUUGGUCAACGUGGCACGAAGGGACCCCCCCCAACCCCCUGUAUUUACCAACAACAGGCGCCUGUUUCCCAACACUGUACCGUCCUAGCGCACGGACUCUCUCUGAAAAAAAAGCUUCCCUCUACCUCGACUAAUAAAUGCCAAGAGAAACAAGACAAGCGCCAACAGAUAAGGAUCGCUGCUCAGAAGUGGAGAGAAAGACGAACAGUCGGACAAACACGUAGAGAAAAAAAAACAACCCAACAAAAGCGCACGGAUCGUCGCCGUUGCCUUUCUCAAUGCAUACCCUUUGUGCCCGGGGAACGAUGAAACCAGAGAUCAACGCCGCCGUCGGAUUUCUGUCGAGAUUUCUGAGGGUAAAAGGACACGUAAACGAUCGACAGGUCCAAACAUUCAGCCAAAGCUUACAGGACAUUUUGGCAGAGCAAUAUAAGCACCACUGGUUCCCAGACAGGCCCUGCAAGGGUUCAGGUUACCGAUGCAUCCGCAUUAACCACAAGAUGGACCCACUGGUGUGGCAGGCAGGCCAGCGCAUCGGCCUGACCAUCCAGCAACUCUACCUGCUGCUGCCCAGUGAGCUCACACUCUGGGUGGACCCUUUCGAGGUGUCCUACCGCAUCGGCGAGGACGGCUCCAUCUGCGUCCUGUACGAGUCCCAGCCCGGCCCCGUAGGAAUGCCGAUGGCCGCCACCGCCAGCUCCCCCUCAGGAAACAGCGGGUCGGUGAGCCCCAUGGUGGACAGUCACAUCAGCUGCAAGGAGGAACUGAUGGUGCUGGGCAGAACCAGUCCCUCCAAAGCCUACAAUAUGAUGACUGUGUCCAGUUAAAGAGGCACACCGUCACCCCGGCCUACUUUUGUUCAGGGUCACGCCAUGCUUGGUCAGAUCAUGUGACCAGAUCAGGGUGAGCCUUUUUAAAGCUAAGAAUAUGAAAUGAAAUAGUGAAAGAAGAGAAAAGAAAAAGAAAAAAAAAAAAACAGAGGAUGUGGCCUAUCGUCCAGGUGAUGGAAACCUUGUAGGUUUGAUAUUUUUUACCCUCUCUCCCCAUUGUCAUCUGUUCUGUUGUGUCAUUGGAUCAGCUGGGCACUCCGUUUUUUUAGGAGAGGCAUUUGUGGAAAUGGAACUGUUGGGGCAGCUAAACCAACCAUCCAAACAGGAACCCCCAUGGAGACUGGCUCCUCCCCCCCUCGACUGUAAACAACAUGGUGAUCAGCUCCAUCUCUGAAGGGGCUAUCAUUGACUUUGCACUUUUCUUACUUGUGGUAACUAUGGGUACAUGUUCAACACACCACCGCAAAAACACCAAAACCUAAAUUGUAAGGAUUUUUUUUUUUUUUUUUUUUUACCGGGAACUACCCCUUCAAAUUCCAGAGGUUUUUCAAUUUGCUGUUUUUCAUUUGUUUUGUUUCCUGGCUGGAGAGGAAGUCGAGGUUCAGACUGUGCCUUUCACAUUCCGAGCUCAAGUUAAAGAAACGCCCAAUAAGAGCAUCUCUAUUUUCUAUAAAAACACCUUUUUGGACCACAGGGAAUGAGUUUUCUUUAUCUUGUAGCUGGAGAAAGGCGUUCAGUCUGAACUUCUCCUCCUCCCCCUUCUACCAUCAUCACGAGCUUCAGAAAACCUUCAUCUCAACCUCGUCUCGGCCCGUAUGUAAGUGCUAGUGGAAUGUGUUGUGACACCUGUUACCUAUGGAUACCAGUGUGUCCCGUUGCACUGUCGCCCUCCCAUCACCCAUGUAUGUGUAGCUUUCUGGGGGAGGGCAGGGGACCCGUCUCCUUUCCCCCCUCCCCCUAGUUAAUGAAUGUUGUUGAAAUUCACAAUCAAGUUCCUGUGUUGUUAAUUUUUGCCCCCUUUUCCCCCACCACUUUGUCAUCUCCUACAUCACCAAAAUUCAAAGUGUAGCAAAAAAGGGGGGGCCUAUUUUACCCAAAUUUUGGUCAUGUGGCCCUGUUAGAAUUGACAUUGAAUGCACUUUGACGUGAGAUUGUGUGGGAUGUGUACUUUUUAGAGAAAAUCGCCUGCAUUCCAUCCAUUCGAAUGUCAUGUUUUCACACCGCUUUUACUACCCUGCCCAUUUUUUAGCCGUUUGUUCAUACUGUAGCUCCCACGUUGGGAUAGACUAACUGUCUAUUAAAUCGGGAGUGUGCAACUCUGGAUUUCAAAACCUUUUUUACACUGUAUUUGUGAACAUUUCAGAGCUGUUGAUUUUUAGGUGGAGAGUAAUUUUGGUGGUAUGUUAGAAACGUUCUGUCAUCCGUUCAUAUGGCACUGUUUCGCUCUGGCAGGAUGCAGAGCUAAGCUGCCCCCCCCCCCCACACAUACACACACACACCCCCACCCACCCACCCACCCAUCCACCCCCUCCAGACACACACAGAUGGUGAUUUGUGUUGCUGAUAGGAAAAAAAAAAAAAAAAAAAAAAAGUUAGUCUGAAAGGUCUGGACUAAGUGAUGACUGUGUGAGACUUUGGCCAAAGGGAGGUCUGGAGCGCCGACUGUUCAGAGAUUAAUUUUAACUUGAAUUAAAAACAACACCAGGCCAUGUCAGCCUUCUAUUUUCACUUGCAUUAGCUAUUUCCAAGGUCUUGUAAAAGGGAGAGACUUAUCCUUUUGUGUGCAUUGGAGGUGCAUUGCCUUACAGAGACCUCAUUGUCAUGAAUUAUGAGCCAUUCGUGAUUUUUAAACUUAAUAUCAGGCUUAUGUGAGCGGGCCUGGUGCAUUGUGCUGCCUGGACCCACACUGGAGGUGUCCUCUUUCCAGCCUGGCAGCUUCAAACCCCACCCCCCGCCCCUCCCGGCGUGGGGGUUAGAGUGCCUCAAGUGCCACAUAUCACCCCUCAGCUCAGACCUCCUGUUCAGCCAAAAGCAAGCCAGCAUGCCGCUAGCUGACCCCCUGUGGAUGCAGGUAGACUUAAUGUGACACAUAUCAUCAUCCAUCACCGCGGGGAGCUGGGUAAGGAAGGCGGGGAUGGGGAGCUGGUGUGAGAGAAGGUGGGGGGGGGGGACCAGGGCCGGACUCUUUUUGUCCAGGGCAGCUAAAAUCCCUCCAGCCCCCCCCCCACCCUCUGGACUUAUUCAACAUCCCCCACCCUGACCAGAAGCCCUCAACCCUCCCUCAGCAGUGAUGGAUAAAAACCAGCACACGCACUUGGCGUGCUCAAGCUGCACUAGGGGGGCUAGUGAGAGACGAGGAAACAUGGAUCAAUGAUGAAGAAUUGAGGGUACUAGGCCAUUGUUUUCAGUUUUCAUCUCACUGGAUUGCGCUGCACUUGAUUACUGAGUUUGAGUAGCAACUGUUUACAUGCAUAUGAAAGGAUGUGAUGGCUGUCUGACGUACCCCCACUUCACUCCUGGUUCUGGGGUUGAGUGGUUAACAGCAGCCUGGACCAGAUGCGGGGACGGCUACCGGUGUCACUCGGGCCUUAGCUGCUGGCCAAAUCUGUCAUGGCAGGCUGGUUCACCACUCAUCACCAGACCUAUGGGUGUUUAAGCUCCCCUAAGCCUGAGAGGAUCAUGGGUAAUAGAGCUAGCCUUUGACGCACUGCAUCCCCCUAACUCCCCCCCCCUCCCCUCCCUCCCCUGCUCUCUGCUGAUACUCCCUUCAGCAAUCUGUGAAAAGCAGUGGUUCCAUGUUGGCCAGAUGGAGAGGAGCUCGCUGGGAAGGGAGCCCAGAGCUUUGGUUUCCAUUGUGGACACCAGUUUUAAAAUCACACUGCUCCAUAUAGCUUUUUUAUGUCAUGUGACAAGAUGUUUUGAGAUUGGUCUAUAUUUCGGACGCGGGAUGAUCAUCUCGUCUCACUUUUCUCUAGAUGUAUUUUAUGGUCACACUGGUAGAUUUUCUCAUCUUUCCACUCUGCCAUCCCCAUUUUCUCCUUUUUAUCCUCUUUCUAAGAGGAUUUUUAGUCUGGUGAUCUAACCCACUUUUUAACAAACGUUGUUUUUAGAGCUACAAAAAAAGAAAAUUCAAAAAAUGAAACCCAAAAUCCCCUUCGACACCUUCUCAACUGUACUACCACCAUCCGAAAUGGUUUAAGUCCGCAGUAAUUGAUUAUUUAAAUGGCAUCCAUUCAGCUUGUGCGCACAUAGGUUACAGAAUUGUCGUGGAGUGCUUUGAAUAGUCAGAGGUAAAAAUAGCACAUAAAAUGCACUAAAUAUGUCAAGUUGAAGUUGUGUGACAUUUUUUUGAGACGCGAGGAGUCUCUCCUGGAAUGUAUUGCCAAACUCAGGCCUCGGACAUUCAAUAAAUACCCUUAUGGAAAAGUUGUGCAUGUUAAGACAUGAAACAGGAAGGGAACAGCAGUUUUGUUGUUGUUGUUGUUGUCGUCAAUAUUGUCAUCGAUUUAGUUGAAUUAUUGCCACUUUCACAUUUAAGGUGUUUUACAUAUUGUAGAAUGUAUUGUAUCUGUACAACAAAUGGUAGAGUGCAUAACAUUACACAUGGGAAGUGCCAAUAAUUGCUAUCCUGAGGUGUUUUUAGAUGUAUUCCUUUUUUGUAUUUCAUCUUUUAACAUGGAUAAUGCUUUUCGUAAGUGAAGCCAUUUGUGAUGGGAGUGUUGGCAAGGACCAAAGUUGUUUUGGUAAAAAAUAUUAGUUUCCAUGAUCUGUAAGUGUAGACGUAUCCUUUGUUUUUGUUUUUUUUUCUUUUCUUUUCUUUUCAUUUUUUUCUCCUUUUUUUUUUUCUAUUUACGUACAAAACCAGAAAAUAGACAAAAAAAUCUGAGCUUACCCAAGAAGAAAAGCUGUCUAUCUUGUGAUCUCAUGUCAGUACAUCUUUAUUGUGUUCAGUUUCUUUUCCUUGGGUAUGUUGUGAUGAACUGCUGUAAAUUUGUACAGUUCAUGUAAAUUGAUUGUGCGGAAGUUGUACAGAUUUCUAUAUUUUGGAAGAAAAGUUUUUUUUUUUGUUUUUUUUCUCUGUAAUAAAAGAUUUCCUAUCUUGGCAUCAUA